CCCUCACACUCCCGCCCACCUCGACCCGCCCCACCGCCUGGCACAAAGCCUCACCACUCCUCCGCUCCUCUGAGCCUGCUGCUUCGCUCCUUCGGCGGCUGUGCAGCUGCAGCAUGGCCGACGAGUCGCUGCGCGCCGCCGCCGCCGCGGCGCGGCCGACCCCGCCGCCGACUCGCUUCGGCAUGCUCGCCUCGUACUUUCGCGGGGCGCCGCGCAGCGACGAGCUGGCGCAGAGUGCCGGCAGCACCAAGGCACAUCCCGCAGCGAGCUCAGACCAGCAGGCGGACACGUCGCGCCGGGACGUCUCUGGGCCCAUCACGGCACCGGGCGGCUGGGGCGCCCUCCUCACCUGGCGCGGCGCACCGCCGAUCGACUCAGCAGCGGCGGACGAGGCAAGCACAGCGUCGCACAAGGAUGCAGAGACGUCUGCCCAUGCCCAUCUGGCUGAGACAACCGACGUGCGGCGAGACACGCGCUCCCACUCGGGCACUCAGCCGCGCCGAUCUCGCGCGGCCAUCCCGUUCAGCAGGGACAGCACCUCGGACGCUGCGCUCGGACACUUCGGCAGCGGCACCGCUACGGCACUGCCGCACGAAGCCAGGGACAGACAGGCCGUUGCGCCGCACAUGAUCCCUCAAACAGAUCAGCUGGCCGCCAAGCUGGCGGAAGCUGCAAGCCCCGCCGUUGUCGCAGGCGACGCACCCACGCCGGCGUAUGCGACCCUGUCGCGCCUGUCGAAGAGACCGUCGUUCGCCCCGAUGCACCAUGUCGAUGAGGCGCAAGGCGUGCGGAGGCCUUCUGGGCAAGCGCCGCGCGCAGUCGACGCGACCGUAUGGCGCGACGAGUGGACGGCAGAGAAGGAGGCACACGAGAAGAUCGACGAGGUCGUGCGGUUGUGCAUCAGUCAGGCCGGGCUUGACUGGGAGCUUCGCCCGCUCGUCGUUCUGAGCGUCGCCUCGCUGCCGGAUCAGCGCCGCGUGGACUACGAUGCGCUGCUCGAGCGCCUUCUUGCCGCGCUGAGCCUCUAUGUUGAGUCGGAGUACUCGGUCGUGCUGCUCGCUGCCGGCGGCAAGCACCGGCCCGCCUGGAGCUGGAUCUGGAAGGCGCACCGCAUCAUCGACCGGAAAUACCGCAAGAACCUCAAGAAGCUGUACAUCGUUCAUCCAACGCUUUUCACGCGCACGCUCGUGCAGUUCGUCUCGAAGGGCUCGUACUUCGUCUCGCCCAAGUUCGCGCGCAAGAUUGUGCAAUGUGCCAGCCUGUCUGAGCUGGCCAGCCACGUGCCGCUGUCGCAGAUCGAGCUUCCGCCGGAGGUGCUGGUGCACGAUCUGAGCCUGUCCGACGGGCUGCAGACCCGCAACGCGGCCGAAGAGGGCGAGCAGAGAUCGACAGCCAUCUUUGGCGUGCCGCUCGACCAGCUGAUGGGCCCUGUCGGCGAGCGCGACACCCUGCCACGCGUUGUGCGGGACUGCGUAGAAGCUCUGCGCCACGACGUCGGCCCCACAGGACAGGGCAUCUCGGGCCUCGACACUGAUGGCAUCUUCCGCCGCUCGCCGUCGUCGGUGCUCCUCCGCGCGGCUCAGACUGCCUACGACGGCGGCCAUCCCGUCGUGCUCGCUCGGUACGGAGACAUGCAUCUCCCGGCGGCGCUUCUCAAGACGUAUCUGCGCGAGCUGCCACCCAUCUUUCCAUCGGAGCUGUACCCGCUCAUCAGCGCGUGUCCGUCGCCUUUCGCUGCCGAGGAAGAGGCGCUCCAGUUCAUAAGACAGCGCAUCCUGCCCGCCGUGCAGCCGCCGUGCAAUCUGCUGCUGCUCGGGUAUGUCAUCGAGCUGAUGCACGAUGUCGCCGCCCGCUCAAGCCGCAACCGGAUGGACGCUGCAAAUUUGGCAACCGUGCUGGCGCCCAAUCUGGUGCGCAGCAGCGAUCCGCUUCGCGAUAUUGCCAUCUGCCGCGUAGACGGCCUGCAGUCGCGCGACACGUCGACCAAGAGUCAGCUGGAGAAGCGCGGCUCGGCGUCGACCGGUCCCACCACCCUCGGCACUGUGCUGCGCUUGUGCAUCGAGCGCGCGUACGAGCUCUUCGAGCAGGUUGCUUCCGAGCCACCCACGCUGCCUCGCCAUGACCUGUCUGAGGGCCCCAACGAGCCGGGUGCCCAGGCGAGCAGCACCAUCGCCGAUGCGGUGUUGAGGCGCGCCCGCGCCACCACGUCAUCGUCGCUCGGUACCGUCUCCGCGUCUUCCUCGGCACAGAGCUCGCCGACGCUGGAGAGGCCGCCGUGGCUAAAGUCGGGCACCGUCUCGCCCGUUCUGCCUGCAUCGCCGCAGCCCGUGCCGACAGCGCUGGCCAGCACAAGCACCGCCACUCGAGCAUCCGCAUCAGCAGAGAGGCCCGCGUCUUCCACAGACGCGCUGACUUCGCCAGCGUCGCGAAAGACUGCACGAAGCAUCGUCGGAACGACCGGCGACAGCACGACACACCGCGCAUCACGCUUCUCAGGCACACUCGGCAGGAGCUCGUCGACGUCGCUGCGCCUCACGAGCGCGCGUCUCCAGUCGUCUGGCAGCAUUCGCAGUCCCAGCUCGCCUGCUGCAGCGUCCGGCGCCACGUUUGCCGCCGUCAGCCCCUCUGCUAGCGCCACAGACAUCUGCCAGCUGCUGGGCUCCACGUCCGGCGUUGCUCUGGCCGGCAUCAGUGCCUCGGGCUCCUUUACUGGGGGCCCGCGCAUUGUCUCGGGUCCGGGACCUGCCGGGGCGGCGACGGCGCCUGAGCCGCGAGCGAUCGCCAGUGGCCAUGCGGCCGGAGCUGCUCUAGGCGAUGCGCCUGCCACGCCAAUGCGCCUUCAUGCUCCGACGGCGCCACGUCCGCUUUCCGAAGUCGUCGAGGCGGCGGAUGCCACCGGAUCAUGACGCCGCCGCCACCUACUCACCUAGCUGUUUCCUCCCUUCCUGUCACCAUCUGUCACCUUUCACAUGUUACCCCGCGCGAGCCUCACGCGCACGUCAUGAGGUAUCGGGUUCAUU